AUGCAGCCGGUGAUCUGCGCCGAGCGCGGCGUCAACUCGCUGACGCUGGAGGUCUCACCCGGCGACGCCGAGCCUCCUUGGGCGGUGCAAGUCCUGGUUCCCGGGAGCUGGUUCCAAAGCGAAGAGUGGAGAGAGCUGGUGGAAGGCAAGGAGGUGUCCACUGUGCAAGUUCUAGGCUCGAAAGCCCUCUACCAUGUGCACGUUUCGAAUCUGCAGCCCGAGACGAAGUACAGCCUCCGCGUCGUGCCUCCGAAGAAAGCUGGAACGAUUUGGAGCUUGCACUGUGAGUGCUCGACAUUGGGAAGACCGGAGCGCUCGAAUCCACCUCGAUGCAUUGGCCGCUGGCCAGACAAGUUGCGGAUUGAGUGGAAGGUUCGGACGCCGGUCGGCGCUCCGGUUCUCGAGUGCCAAGUUCAGCAGUGCUCGCAGGAGGUUUUCAGUGUGUGGCAGGACGUGGCUUUGCUGGAAGAUGUGGCCGUAUCAGAGAGCAAGAACGGCAAGCCGAGUGACCGAGAGGAGACAUGGAGCGCGGCCGUACCUAAUCUGAAGGCUGCAACAAGCUAUCAUUUCCGGGUGAAGGCUUGCAACACCGUCGGGUGGUGUGCGGACUUUUCAGACGAGGAGAUAUUCCGCACAUCGGAGCCACCAGAACCUCCUGUGAAGCUCAAGCUGGUGUCUCGGCAACCGGCCAAGGUGGAAGUGGAGUUCGAGUUCCUGGAUGCCGACGGAUGCCCAGUCUCACACAUCGAACCAGAGUUCUGUCUGAAGCCUGAAAGCACCAACAUUACGGGAGUCAUUCCUGGAGAGAGCGCCGACGGCUUUAGCAACAUACUGGACGCCGCGACAUGGUGGUGGCAGACGCCACAGCACUUUCAGCUGUCCCUGCAGGAUCCGGAACACUCCGCAGGUUGCAACGAUGUCCGACGCGCGACAGUUACAGUUGGUGAGCUUCGGCCCGAGCAGACGAUUUGGCUGCGACUUUGGGCAGUGAACCAGGCCGGCCGUUCCCGUGAGCCAUCGCAGCCUCUGGCGUGCCGACCCUCAGACAGGCCGCAAAAAGUGGACGACCUCUGCUGCAUCGUCCGCGGGGCCACAUGGCUGGAGGUGCAGUGGCGAACACGGGAUCCCGACGGCGCGCCGGUCACAGAGUGCAGCGUCGAGGUGAGUCGUGAGAACCUUCUCAGCAACUGGAUACAGCUUCCUCGCAAUGGCGUGUGGCGUUGUGGCCAGGGAAGGAGCACUUGGCGUGCUCGGGCCGCCGGCCUUUCCACCGAGACCGACUUCCGUGUGCGAGUUCGCGCGAAAAACGGGGUCGGCUGGUCCUCUGCAGAUGCUCAGAUCAGCUGCCGAACGGCGGAGCGGCCUUUGAAGCCCAGGGUCCCUCUCAAUUAUGGGCAAGAGGAGCACAUCAGCGAAGUGCGUGUGGAGCAAGCUGGAAUGUUGGUUUGGACUGAGCUUCCAUCCCAGUCUCUGGAAUUCGAGUGCCUAGACAAGGUUGACAGCUACUCGACCGAGCCAACUGCUGAAGAUAUUGAUCUUGGCCCGUUCUGGAACGCAGAACUCAAGCUAAGGGCUUUUGCAGUGGUUGUUCGUGGCUUGGAACCGAACUGCCAUUAUACUUUGCGCUUGGAUGUUGCCAACGAAGUUGGCUGGAGCCGUUUUAAAUCAGAUCCGUUCUCCUGCCACACCGUGUGCCGGCCACAUGUUCCCAAGCUGCGGGAGGGGCCGCACAGUGUGCCUUACGAGCUGCGAGUGUCUUGGGAUCAGAGAGACCCAUUGGGUGGUGCUGUCCUGGAGUGGGAAGCACAGAUUUGUGAGUCCUCUCUUUUUACCUUGUUCUCCAGCUGGACAGCUGCGAAGGAUUUCCUGAUUCUACGCCAGCCAACGCUGCAUGACAUGGUCUGUGAAGAUGAGGAGCUCGCCAUUAACACAACCUGGGAAGCUAGCUUCGGGUGCUUAAAACCUGCCGUGGAAUAUGUCAUGCGAUUGCGCACAGGCAAUAUUGCAGGCUGGUCUGAAUGGUCGGAGCCCUUGCAGGCUGUCACAGCAUGUCCACCAAGCAUCUCUAGAUGCUCGUUGGUGCAAGUCCCUGCCAAUAUGCCUGGGAGUCAACCAGACUGGAUUGUGGACAUUCUGGUGGAUGAGCGUGGCUCGCGUGCGUUCCUCUGCGCGGUGGACUUCAGCUGUACACUACGUGAUGCUACCUUCGUCGAUGCGAAGAGCACGCUGAGCAGCAGCACCGUGGCCAGGCACAUCAUUAAUGGCAGCUGGAGAGCGCGCUUUCCCGGAAAUCUACUUCCAGCUGGUAGCCAAAAGGUGUCGGUCAGUGCAACUGCCGCCAACGAUGCCGGUUGGAGUGCCAGUGUUCGCAAAUCGUCAGAGGACACAGAUGGGCAAACCAAGACCUUGAGCUGGGACAUGCCAUCCUCUUCAACAUCGCCUAGUGCCCUACCUGCCGUGGCCGAACUUGGUCACAGUUUGAAGGCGUUCCUGGCGAUGAUGGAAGAGAAGCUAUGUGAUGCUCGGAAAGAGAUGUCAUCAUUCAGCUCAGCCACUUCUACAGUUCCUAGCAGGUGGACGACUGAGCAGUUACAGCGGCUGAAGCCCCUGCUCUUCUCUUCGAUCCGAGGAAGCUUGCAGGCGGCCCGGGGAAAGCCCGAGAGGUGCGAGAGCUGGUUGGCCUCGUGUGGCGAAAGGCUUGCAUACAAAAAUCAGGUUAUAGACAAAGAGAGGGCAGCUGCAAAGGUGCGUGUCAUUCACCAUAUGCCGCUCUGGGAAGACUUUUCGCAAGACGGCUGCGCGACAGCAGGUCUACUCAAAGACUUCGAGUUGUUGCUUGAAGGUUGCAUGUGGCUAGAGCACGUGCGGAACAUGCAGUUGGAUCCUUUGUGGACUCGAUUGUGUCAUAUGUCCGGUGAUGGCAAGCAGAGUCAGACAGUGGAGUCUGCUGGGCAGCACCCAGCUCGAGUAGUUCGACUCUGGGCAGAAAAGAGGGAAGCUUGGGCCGGAAGGUUUGAUGCUCAGCUCGUGAGCGUCACCAAGCAGGCUCUCACCACGGCGGGGCAGCUGCUGGCGACUGCACGAAGCUUACCUACUGAUGCAGUACGCACAACCGGCUUCCUUCGAUCGGCCCUGGUUCGGACGAACAAAACAGAACACCUACCGGAUGUCCACACAAAUACCGGCCUAGCCUGCCUUGAACUUUCAUUUUGCACACAGCUUCGUGAGCAGACGCUGCUGGGCUUGACUGCUCUGAAAAAUCUGCGGACAAGCGCAGAUCAGCAGUUCCGCAAGCUCAAUCGAGCCCUGCAGCUCUUGGCCGUCGCCUCAACACACACGGAGCACGACGGCGCGGGUGCUCCAGAGGGAGGUGCUCACAGCUUUCCAGAGGUGAGUGUGACGGACAAACUUUCUCAAACAGCUUUGGGCCUGAUUCUCACGAUGGUGAUGCCUGUGCCGGGCACAGUGGAACUGGGCGUGGUCUCCAUCGGUGCAUUGUGGCUGCAGGGGGAUUCUGCCGGGAAGCACCUGGUAGUAGAGCACUCUCCCGGCCCGGACUUCGACCCGUUUGGCCGCUUUCAGCAGCAGCCAAGACCGAGCGCACUGAAACUCCUUGCCAACUGGACGCAGGAGCCGCAGGAUUUGCUGGAUGCUGCAAGCGCGCAGACUAGCGAUGCUCCGCCAAGCUCCAGUCGAAACAUUGCCGUGUGGGCAUACGAGAAGGUGCAAGAUGCGCAUCCGAUGGUUCGGCUGGUGUCACAAGCUGUUGUUCGUGGCUUCGGAGCUGUUGCUGGCAACACCUGGCAGGCGGAUUCCGUCGAAGUGGCCGUGGCUGUUCCUCCUGCAGAUGUGGCGAUUGUGCCACUGCCAAGCAUGGAGGACUCUUCCUUUGAGUUGGAGUUCACCUAUGGAUUUGGUGGUGAAAGACCACUCGGACGGGUUCCAGCAAGAGCCGGCAUGGCAGUCAGCUUCGUUUGCCUGGACGAUGAGAUCCACAUUGACAACAUUGACCAGGUGGAGCCUACCACUGCGACUGGCAAACAUUCAGAUGAGCAGGCAUCGGCCGAACCUCAUGAGGAGCAUGCAGUGGAUGGGGCCUGUCCCGAGCCUCAGCCACAGCAGCAUGCAAGCUCCGACGAUGCUGGUGCUGUUGCUGCAACAGAUGGGGAUGAUGGAAAGGAUGAAGAGCCAGCUGCUCCCAAUGUGGCGUCACCUGUCGCCGCUCCAUCCCGGGUCCGCGUGUCCACGAUCCGUGCGUCCAACAAGGAUGCGGUGUGCAACGUCCGCGACCUUCAGUUUAUCUCGUACGAGGGAGGCCUUGGGCCGGUGGCUGCCAUCCUGUUAAUCGAUUUUCAUCAUGCUCUGGGCCGUGUUGUUGAGUGGGCCCACCCACCGUCCAUCACGGAGGGAGAAGCUGCCGCAGGACACUUGCCACCGACGGAUGCUGCGCAGGACUUUCCGCUGCUGGACAGCUGGCACUCAAAAACUGCGGAGCCGGCUGGAGCAGUGGCACGAGUCCUGUCAAUGGUGACCUCACUGGCACUGCCUGAUGCUGCCCACCGUGAACGAGAGGGCGAAACCUCUGCCGUCUUCUUCGUUGUGCCGUGUCAGGGCCAACUUCUUUAUGGAGUGAGCUGUCACCGACGGGUGGAAGCUUCUGAGCUGCUGCAUCGCGAUGCAAGCGUUUCUCGCAGCUCGGUGCAGAAGGCUGUCUGCAUGCUGUUGCGAUGCCCUUUCUUCGGCCUCGCGCAGCAGCGUCUCAGUCCCGUGACACAGGUCUUUUUCGAACAGCGCGAUUUCAGAUGCACGGACCUCCUGCGCGAUUUCGACACUCAGUUGGAUGCAGUGUCUUUUGAAAAGCUUCCAGACACGGAGUUGUUUUUCGGAGUUCAUCACGCGCAGCUCUUCCGCGGCCUGCGGCACAAGCUGCUCAGCGUGCUGAAGGCGAUCCUCCUGGAAGCAAAGGUUCUCGUGAUCUCUGAGAGUGCCGAACAGUGCAGUCGGACCGUUUUGGCCCUGCUCUCCCUGCUGCCUGGCGGUCUCUGGCUGGGCUUCAACUCCGAUGGCUUUGGAAGCCGUCAUUUCCAUUAUCGGAAACAUGGGCUUCCCAUCCAGUGCUUCGGCCCAAGAUGCGGUGUCUUCCCCUACUUGGGCCUGCACAUGCUGGACAGCUUGCUCCAGAUGCGCGGGUUUCUCAUCGGGACCACCAACCGCAUCUUCGUCGACCGCACGGCGCCGGACCUCAUUCUGGAGGUAAAGUUCCACUCAGAGACUCAGAUGUUCAGCGAGGAAAUCCAAGCAGAC